CCGGUCCCGUCCCAUCCGCUGCCGGCGGCGGUACGGAGGGAGCGCGGUGGUUGCUGUCGAUGGAGGCGGGAGCCGGCGCUGAGGCGGAGCCGUUGUUGCCUCCGCAGAGCUGGCGAACGCGACGGGGGCUCUGGCGGGCCGGUGGCGGUGCCCGCUCGGCCGCUGAGGACGGUACUGGAACUGAUAAUGACCUUUAUAUAAAUCAAGCCGUAGUAUUUAUUGAAGAUGCAAUACAGUAUCGAUCUAUAAAUCACCGUGUGGACUCCAAAUCCCUGUGGCUUUAUCGAUGGUACUAUUCAAGAACUUGCCAGUGGAUUUUGAGCUUAACCAUCACUAUAAUCCUGGCUUUGGCUUUCAUUGAAAAGCCUUCUUCGCUUACCGUCACGUCAGAUGUACGAUACCGCCUUCCUGCGUGGAAUCCUCCGUGUGGCCUAACAGAAAGCAUUGAGCUGCUUUGCUUUCUUGUGUUCGUGGUUGAUGUAUCCGUGAAGAGUUACUUAAUUGGAUGGGAAGAAUUUUGGAAGAAUAAAUGGCUAAUGGCUUAUAUACUGACAUUAAUUGUUUCCCUUACUGAUUGGAUUGUAUCACUGAGUUUUCUCUGUGCAGAGGAUGUGAGAAUAAGAAGAAUUCUUCGUCCUUUCUUUCUCCUUCAGAAUUCUUCUAUGAUGAAGAAAACAUUAAAAAGUAUCAACAGCACAUUGCCUGAAAUGGCAAGCCCUUUUGUAACGGAAGAACUGAGGCAUCACGUGGGCAAAGGUCUAUGCUGUGUAGCUUCUCAGAGUGUUGUUCUACUACUAGCUGUUCAUCUGUCUCUCUUUACCAUGUUUGCCAUGCUGCUGUUUGCUCGAACAAAGCUUUUUGCUAAGUUUAGUUUCUUCUGUGUUUUCUUAUCUUCCAAUACUGGUAUCCCUGGCCAUUCCUUGGAUGGCCAGCAGGAUAAGGAGUGGGUGGGGUAUUUCCGGAAUUUGCCAGAUUCGCUGACAUCACUGCUGGUCCUGCUAACUACUGCAAAUAAUCCUGAUGUGAUGAUUCCUGCAUAUUCUAAGAAUCGAGCAUAUUCAAUCUUCUUCAUACUCUUCACUGUAUUAGGCAACUUGUUUCUAAUGAACUUGCUUACAGCAAUAAUAUACAACCAGUUUCGAGGAUACCUUCUGAAAUCGGUUCAGUCCUCCCUCUUCAGGAGGCGACUGGGAAUCCGGGCUGCAUUUGAAGUGCUUUCUUCCCUGAAAGAGACUCCUGCUAAUGCACAACAGUCGUAUGUCAGUGUUGGGGCCUUACUACAAGUGCUGCAGAAAGUUGAAAUGGAUUGUCGCUGCAAGCAAGCCAUCAUGAGAUCACUCAAAAUGUGCUCCUGUGACCAGCUGUCAGCUACCCAGUUUCAGAAGCUCUUUGAAGAACUAGACAAAGAUGCCAUUAAGCAACAUCCUCCCAGUCCAGAGUACCAAUCCCAUUUUAUGCAGAAAAUGCAGUUUGCCUUUGGCCAUCCCUACUUUGGCUACUUGGGGAAUGUUGUAGCCCUUGCAAACAUUAUUUCUAUCUGUGUGGUUUUGGUGAUGGAUGCAGAUAAGCAGCCAUCUGAAAGAGAUGACUUUUUCUUGGGGGCUAUCAACUGCUUCUUCAUCCUAUACUAUCUGCUGGAAAUGUUGCUGAAAAUCUUAGCACUGGGCUUGAAAAGAUACUUGUCAUACCCAAGCAAUAGAUUUGAUGGACUUCUGACUGUAAUUUUGCUGGUUUUGGAAAUUUCAACUUUUGCUGUGUAUGGAUUUCCUCAUCCUGGUUGGAGACCUGAGUUCAUGGGCUUAUUAUCUCUGUGGGAUAUGGUGCGAUUGGUGAACAUGUUAAUUGUGUUCAGGUUCCUGCGGAUUAUUCCUAAUAUGAAGUUCAUGGCUUUGGUUGUUACUACAUUGCUGGAUCUGGUAAAAAACUUGAGAGCCUUUGCAGGAAUCCUUGUGGUGGUUUUCUAUGCAUUUGCUAUAACUGGCAUAAUGCUAUUUAAAGGUGCUGUUGUUCCCUUGGGAAAUAUCAGUGCUAUCAAUACAACAUAUGAUAAUGGCACUCUGCAGUGUGGGACCUAUGAACAGCUGGAAUAUUGGCCAAACAACUUUGAUGACUUUGCUGCAGCAGUGGUGACGCUCUGGGAUGUGAUGGUGGUAAACAACUGGCAAGUCUUUUUGGAAGCGUUUUCAAGAUAUUCAAGUCCGUGGGCAAAGAUCUAUUUUGUAGUCUGGUGGUUGAUCUCCUCUGUCAUCUGGGUUAAUCUCUUCGUAGCUUUACUUCUAGAGAACUUUAUUCACAAGUGGGACCGUCGCUGUCAUCGGGAGUCUCUCUCAGAUAUUGAAUACCAGAGGACAGUUGAACUAAUGUUCAGAGAUGUUUUGGAAGAACCUACAGAGGAAGAGUUGAUGGAAAAACUGCACCAGCAUCCACACCUGCAGUUAUGUAGGUGACUGGUGGGAAGGACUGAUUUAUUUAGACCUCUGUUUUCUUGAGGUUGUCAGCUGGAAGAAACUGAAUGGAUUUUCUGUGAGGUGCUCUUAGAGAGGCUUGUAGGACAGUAUGUGAGGUUUUGCUUGGCAGUUCUCUGCAGAAAGAGGUUUUUUAUUUUUGGUUUAUAUCUUUUUUUCAAAAAGAUUUGAAUCUUGCUAAUUUGACUUGAUUUUUAAGUUGCGAUUUUAGAGGAAUAUUGUAGCUGUUAUUUUUAUAAACUGUUGAUAUCAGAAUGUUUUAUUUUCUCUUUUUUUAAGAUGGGAAAGUGUGUUUAAAAUGACAGUGCACUUUAAAACAUGAACUUGGUGUAACCACUAAGCCUGCUACUUUUUCAGCACAAGAAAAUGGAACUGCCUUUUCUGGUAGGUGAGUGUGGCAAGGGCUGUGCCCUGCAAUUCAUGAAUGGAUUAGGCAGGACCAGAACAAAAUCCUUAAAUCUUUUUGUAGUGAGAGUUGAAACACUAUUUUUAUUGAAAUGUGACACCAGCAUAUCUUACCAAAUUUUCAGGAGUUAAUCAUGUCAGAACACAAUCAAUUUCAACAGUAACAGGGACUGCCUACUUUGCACAUCCUCUCUUUUUCUUUGUUUUUGAUCUAGGGUUUGUGCUGUUUCCAUCCUGUUGGUAACUUUGAGAGCAAUUAUAACUUUGAAUGGAGCAAUUGCACUCGUGGUUUUCAAUGUGGUAAAAUUGAGCUCUCCUUUAGAGUAAAUAUUCUCAUGUUGCUUUUUAGCGAACCUCUUCCUUUUACUUUCUUCCAAGUCCUGUUCUACACUGUAUCGUAUUCCAUGAAAAAGCUGAGGAGAAUAAACUUUGGCCGGAAUGUAGCACCAUGAUCACUGCGAGUCUCCCACUUAAACAAGGGGAGAGAAAAAGUUGAGUGGGAUAAUCAAAGUGCUUAGAAGCUCAAAUUUUCAUUUGAGUCUGUGGGAAUUGAAAGUGCUCAACCAAUAUUGCAAGAUCACGUUCUUUUAUGGCUUCAUGACCACAUGCUGUACACCACUAACUUUAACCUGGGUAAUACUUUUUUGUUAAAUAACUUCACCAACAAAUCUAAAAUGGAGAAUUGACAGUAAGCUGUGUCCAUGUGCUUUUCAUUGUCCCUUAGUAUUCCUCUAAAAAAAGGUGGGGUUUUUUUUUAAUCUUUGUCAUAUAACUAGUAAAUCACUAUGAAGAAUAGAAUCAAUCCCAACUACUAUUUUUAUAUGUAAAAAUCAAACUACCCUUUGGGCUGCUGCCUUGUCAUUGAGACACUUGUCACCAAAAUAGACAUUACUGUGAUCAUCUCUGCAUUGACAAAGGCUUGGGGAAGGUAACUGGCCAUAAAACACUGCUGCUAUGUAUAAGUUAUUUGAUCCUUUUUUAGAUAACAAAACAUUUUUCAAAAUUGCCAAGCAGUCAUCCUUUAUACUUUUCCUCCUCUUUUUUCAUCAUUCGUCUUUUCUUUUUUUCUUGCUUAAGAGAGAGGAAAAUAUCUGGGAUGAUGGUACAUUUUUGCUCAAAAGCGUAUUUCUGCCUUGUCUCACUGUUCAGAAGUUGUGUAGUGAUUCUUGUCUGUUUCUUUAUCUUCUGCUUAUGUUUUCCUUGUGCUAUGGAACAAAAUGUGUUGUAGCUUGCACAUGUGUAGAAUGAAUCUGAACUGAGCUCUGAGCUACUCCUGCAAUCUUUUUUUACUUGCCUCCUAAGCCGUGCUCUCGUCUGUGUUCAGUAUCUUGUCUCUGUUCCAGAAUAAUCUACCCAGUAACUCACUUUGGCUCGUUUCAGUGGUGUUACCAUGCUUGUUUUCAGUCAUGCACUUAGAACACACAUCAUGGCAAGUAGAUAAAGGCAUCAGCACACAGUUUUUCUUCUAGAUUUGAGUUUCGUUUUUUCAGUAUGGCUUUAUGUCAGGAUGGUUUCUGCUCCUCCUGGCAUGAUGUAAUCACUGCCACCAAUUUAUUGGCACUUAUUAACAGAGGUUAAAUAGCCUAUUUUACCUUUUUACUGGGAAAAAAAAAAUUAUUUUUGUUUUCCACUUUUCUGAAUACUUGAAGAAGUAGCUUUGCCUUGCCAAAAAGUAAGUGGCCGGUUCUUAUUAACCUGCAAGUUUAAUUUUUUUUUUUUUUUUUUUUUUUUUUUUUUGUCUCUUAAGGUUGCCUGGCUUUGGGGGUUGGUUUGUUUAGGGUUUUUUUGGCCAUUACGUUCCACUACAAUCUACCAAAGUAACACAAAUUGGUGUGGGAUUAUCAUAAACAUCACAAAUGUCUCCUUAUGCAAUCUUUGCAUCUGGACAAAUGUAAAGAAGGCUUUCUGAAGGGAAUAGUCUUAGUCUUGUUCUUGUUUCAAAUAUGUGUAAUUGACUGAAAGUGUAACUAGAAUUUAAUACAGAAUUGUGGUACCUAGUGUCACUUGUAUUGGAAGAUGUAAACGACCACAAGUCUUAUGCAAUAAUUGUAGAAGUCAUGAAAAUGAAUGUACGUAACUGGGUAAAAUUUGAGGUUUGCAUUAUUAAAAAAAGUUCCUUCUUAAAAGAUGAAAAUGAUUGAAAUGUGUUGAAAUGGAUUCUUGUGGUUUGUUUUUGCUCUUCCCCCGUUACUGAUUUCUGCUGUGCUUAGCAUCUAUGCUGCCAUUAUCUUUACUAAUUGAAGGCUGGGCCCAUGGAAGAGGUUACAUGCAAGUGGGACUUAAGUGCCUGGUUUCAAAAUGCAGGACCUAAAGUAUGCUGCUCUGUUAUUCUCCAGUUCUAGAGGCGCAUAACAGCAUGUGUAGGUACUUGAUACACUUAAUUUUUAAGGUGAAACUUCAGUGGAGCUGAGCGUUGAGGGUGUUGAGGAGCUUGAUUGCCAUUUGCAUUUCAGUCUUUGCAUCUGCAAACUAGGUAUUUUUCAGCUUUUUUUUUUUUUUUUUUCUUGAAAAGAUUAGUGCAAUAAGCAUUUUCAUAGCAUUUCAACUGGGACAGAUUUUGCACAUAGUUUAUUACUGUCCGUAGCAUUCUUUUGAAACACGUUCUGGUUCAGAAGAUGGUUUUUUUUUUUUAAGAACAGAACAAAAUCAGUUCUGGGUCAAGCUAAAGGCUUAAGUUUGCUGAUGUCUCUGACAAUGGCUGUUGUGGAUGCUUAGGUGAAGCAUGCAAAAGCCAAAACAAAUAGAAGAUCAUCUUGUGUUAAUAAAUCAGGCUCAGAUUUUUCUAGCUUCUGAAGGAGGGCCUUAAUCACCAGACUGUUGGCUAAUUUGGGGUUCCUCAGGUAUUGUUUUUUUUUUCCUUCCUGAUUUGCUAUGAAUUUGUAUUACUUAAAGAUUUAAGAGUGGAGGGAGAGGAUGGACGCAAUGGAAGUGUUCUUGAUUCUUUCAGUAGAAAUACAGUGAUAAAACUCACAAGCACACUUAACUAUGAAGAAACUUAAAAAGCUUGUAUUGGUCAGAGCUGCAAAUAGGGCGGCUAGAAUAACCUAGUAACUGUAUAGAAAUGACAGACAAAGGAAGAAAGACUGUCUUGAGUGUCACGGGUUUGUGUGAAUAAAGUGCAUGAGACGUGC